AUGAGUGUGAUGCGCAGGAUGUGCUUGAUUUUUCAGCCAAGUUGUUAUUUUAACUUCAGAUAGCUAAGUGUUUGUGCGUGUCUGUUUGCGUGACAGAUUUCCGUUUUUGUAAACUCGCUCCGACCCUCACAGCACUUACCAAACAGUGGUUGCAUAACUCAGAUGUUCAAGAGGCGUUCAGGUCAACACUGCCAGCGGACUGAAACUUAUUUGUGUCAUUUUAAAUAUGGUACUUUCGUGAAGACACAACUUAAAGAUGGUGUUUGAGACCCGUUGCUAGACGGCUGUGGAGGAGCUUUUAUCAGGAGUGGGAUUUUACGCCUGAACCUGUCUCUUCCUUCGUGGGGUCUCCAAUGGCGGGCAGGCUCCUAAAAGUCUCAUCUCUGGCCACGGUAGUGUUCUCCUCCUCGGGGUUCUACCUCUACAACAGGCAGCUCGACCUCAGUGACCUGAGUGUGAUCCGCUUCGGACGAGCAGCAGCUGCCACAGCAGUGAUCAGCUAUGACUAUCUGACAGCAUUCAGACAUGUGGAGUAUGGCACAGAGGAGUACUGGACUCUCAAGUCCAAGGUGCACCGACGAUCAGCAGAGCGCCUUCGAGACUUGUGUUGUGUCAACCGGGGCACCUUCAUCAAAGUAGGACAACACCUUGGUGCUUUGGACUAUCUGCUGCCCGAGGAGUACACCUCCACCCUGAAGGUUCUCCACAGCAGAGCUCCUCAGAGCACCAUGGAGGAGAUUCGGCAGGUCAUCAGAGAAGAUCUUGGAAAGGAGCUGUCUGAGUUAUUUGUUUCAUUCGAGGAGAAUCCUCAGGGCGCAGCCUCUUUAGCACAGGUCCACAAAGCUGUCCUGCAUGAUGGGAGGACGGUAGCUGUCAAGGUCCAGCACCCCAAAGUCCAACGACAAAGCUCCAAGGAUAUAAUGGUGAUUGAGGUGCUGGUAAAGGCAGUGAACUGGCUCUUUCCAGACUUUGCCUUCAUGUGGUUGGUGGAGGAAGCCAAGAAGAACAUGCCACUGGAGCUAAACUUCCUAAACGAAGGUCACAAUGCUGAAAAGGUGGCCAAAAUGUUGUCCCACUUCCCUUUUCUCAAGGUUCCCAUGAUUAAUUGGGAUUUGUCCACAAAGAGAAUCCUGACAAUGGAGUUUUUAGAAGGAGGACAAGUCAACGACAGAGAAUACAUGAAGAAACAUUGCAUCAACGUCAAUGAGAUCUCAGAAAACCUGGGUAAAAUGUACAGCGAAAUGAUCUUCAUCCACGGCUUCGUCCACUGCGAUCCCCACCCAGGCAACGUUUUGGUCCGAAAGUGUCCUCGGAGCCAAAAGACGGAGAUCGUUCUGCUCGAUCACGGCCUGUAUCAGGUCUUGCAGCCAGAUUUCAGGAUGGACUACUGUCGACUGUGGAUGUCUCUCAUUAAAGGCGAUUUGUCCAGAGUGGAGCGUUACAGCCGCAGACUGGGAGCUGGAGAUCUCUACCCCCUCUUUGCUUGUAUGCUUACUGCUCGUUCCUGGAAUGCCGUAACUGCUGGAAUCAGUUCUGUUCCUGUGACACAUGCAGAGGACGUUGAAAUUCGGACCAAUGCCGCUCUCUACCUGCCUCAGAUCAGCGACCUGCUGAACCGAGUUCCCCGACAGAUGCUGUUACUGGUGAAGACCAACGACCUGCUGAGGGGCAUCGAAACCACAUUACAAACCAGAGCCUCAUCAUCAUCCUUCAUCAACAUGUCCCGCUGUUGCAUACGUGCUGUUGCCAGGCACAAGAGGAGCAAGACUCAGUCCAGGAGACGGCAUCUGCAGAUUACGCUGGCUGAGUCUUUGAGUCUGUGGAAACUCUCAGUGUAUGAACUUCUGCUGUGGGUCAAAGGAUCUAUGAUGACCCGCUGGCUCUCUGCUUUGCUGGCGUUUCUGCACUGAGGCAAAUCUGAAAUAGGGACAUCAUUGUCAUCUUCGGGUAGAGACACUGAAACAUUCUGGCUGAUAUGUCCCACAAAGCAUGUUUGAUACAUAACUUUUCGUACUGAAAACUGUAUUUUUACUUUUAUCACACCGCAACAUUGGAAAAAAUGUAAGAUUCUCAUGUGAUAAGAUGAAAACUAGUUUAAUUUUAUUUAUUUAAACUAUCAUUUGAGGUAUCACAUUAUCGAAAAUAAUGUAGUUGUAUGUUAUUGCUCGUCAGGUCACUUAAUCUACGACUGACCGAAUGAAAACAGAAAAUUGUCUUAAACUGAAUGGCAAACAGGCUGCUUAAACACCAUGAAAGUGUUGGAAAUAGAGAGUCAUCAGUCCCAUCUUCAAAUUCCACCACGGUGUGGAACAUAAGCAGCUGCUGACCUGAUGUUUGGAGUUUUAUCUUGAAUCUGUGUGGUUUCAUGCUGAGGUUCCCUGCUUGCGGCUCCAUUUCUGCUUCUCAACAGAAUACCUCAAAAUGUCCGUCACAUCACAGUUUUCCAUCUGGCUUCCGACAGAUUAUGUUUACUGCUGUUUUUUUGGUCACAUCCUAUUCCUUCAUCCUUGCACCAAGAGUUUGCAUUUCUCCCCUGACUCAACGUCAAAGUCACCUCGGCGGAUUUUCAGUCUGUCAAUGUGGGAAUGACUGGGACAGUUCUGAACUUCUACAGAUUGUUGCCUUUUUAUUUCCAGAAUGUUUCUCUGACUUUUUGUUGGACCUUGUGAAGAUUGCUUUUCACUUCUGGGAAAAAACAAAAAACAUUUAAAGCUGCAAUUCAAUGUUUUUCAAACUUAUAGAAAACAUUAGUAUUCCAGACUGUGUUACUUGUAUUAAACUUACUGGAAUCACCUCAUCACAAAAGAAAAAAGAAGAAAUCAAAUGUUUUGUGAGCAAGUGCUCAUGUACCACAACUACAACCAAAACAUGUGAAAAAUGUUAAUUUUUCAUUUGAAUUCACUCUGUAUUUGCUAUCAGAACCAUAAUACACAUCAUUUAAUGUUAUUUUAUGGUGCUUUCAAAAGAACUAACUAACCUGUUGUUCCGCAUCACAUUUGAGGGAGAAAACCACUAGUUAUUCUCAGAGAGGUAAAAUAAAAAUAAUCUCGACAGUUGAAAGUCAA